AUGUCCCGGCAUAGGAACAUUAGGAAUAUAAAUCUUGAUGAUGAAUUAGACGAAGACUAUGACGAUGACGACUACUACGAUGAGGAGGAAUAUGACGGCGAUUACACAUACGAAGCCCAGGGGGGACACACAGUGGCAUCAUUUAUAGAUACAGAACAGAAGCCUGUUACAGAAACCCGAGGUGCCAUUAACCUUGUCGAAGAAGUGAGAAACAUUGUCGGUGAUGAUUUUCCAACCGAACAAAUAUCGGAUGUAUUGCAAGACAGCGGCAAUGAUAUUGAGCGUGCUGUGAAUUUACUAUACGACCAAGGUCCGCGGAUCGCUCCUCCUCCUGGUUUCCCAGUAGCCCCACCGCCAGGAUUUGCAUUGAAAUCGGAUUCACGACAACCAGCAUCGCGUAUUGCAGGUCUAAAAUCCGACAAGACCUUAACGAUCAUUCAAGCUGAGGAAGAUGGUGUCGCCUUCCGCACUGCCUAUCCUGUAACGGUGGAGAUUUCGAAACUCCCAUUGAAGGAUACCGGAACGAACUCCCAAAAACGUCAGUUGGUGGAUGGGAUCGAGUCGAUGGAGAGUGAUAGCGGAAAAACGAUUGAUGUUGAAACCAGCCGUAGCCCACGCCAAGUGGAGCAAGCAUCCACGACAGUUCCCGAUAUUAAGGAACAGGCUGGUCAGACAACCCACUCACCGACGGACAGCUUUAGGCUCAUCGACGCGCGUUCCUCAGCAAAACACGAUGCCGUUUCGGCGACCAGUUCAGCUAAUUCUAUGUACGGCAGCUUGCCUGCACCAAGCUCUCUGGGCAGCAGUUUGCUAUCGUCCCUGCCUGCGUCUGGACAGUCACUUGCGCCUUUUGCGUUUCCUCAAGGAUUGGCAGGUGCCCCACCAUCUGAACAGCGAGCUAAAGAAACAGCCGUAUCAUCGCUGUCACAAGCACAGCCGUUGUCAUCACUCCUCCUCCAAAGUCCAUCUUCGAACCUCUCUCAGACCAAUUCGCUGUUCCCGCUGCAGCCACAAGGCACCCUCUUGUCAUCACUUCAUCAAUCUACUUCUUCUCUAACAAAGAGCGGGGAUGCAAUUGGAGUGCUUGGCAACAGUUUAGCACCAGAGAAUGCCGUCAAAUCUGUCCCCUUUCCCGUUCCGGCAGUCCCACAAUCGCAAUCGCUAUCGUCGCUGUUGAGCAAUACUCGUUCACCUUCUGGGGCCCUUCCGCUAUCUUCACUGGCCUCGGUCUCAUUGGGAAAUACUAUGGCGGCGACACCGCUGUCUUUAAGCAAUCUUUCAUCACUCUCGGGUACAUCUGGGUUACUGGGAGCCACUCAGAAAUCAUCCAUCAAUGACGCCCCAGGUCUGAGUCAAUUGGCAUCAAAUUCCGCAAACAUCAUGAGCGGCACAGAUGCCAUUCGAUCGGCGCUGGCGGCAUUUUCGCUUCAGAGUGCGGGAAACGCUUCUGAGGGGUCUCUUGGAACUGUUCCAGCUGCGUCAACAAAGGAGCCCUUGUCCGUUUUCCCAACACCAUUUAAAACCCUCCCAAACUCAGGAAUUGGAAAACCGGAUGCCGAAACGUCAAUUCCCUUCAGCACGCCAAAGUCACAACCCGUCAGGCUGCCAACCACUAUUCCGCUCCGCUCUUCCAAACCUCGACAUCAUAGCGACGCAAAUGACGACCCACUCGUUGCAGCACCCUCGACCUUUGCUCAGUUUUUUACACACCACGAGAAUGGAGACAAAACAAGUGCCAUCUCUAAUGAUUUUCUGUCGUCCCCUUUUGUACCAGCAGACGACGUGGCGCCUUUUGCAUUUGACGCACCAAGUCCGGACGAUGUGGUCAAUCAAGCAAGAUCAAAAAUAGGACCUUCUGGCAAAUCUGCCAAGUUGCCCUCAUCAAAACCCACACCUCAAAUACGAAAGAAGCAAGAACCCAUUCCAGAGCCAAUGGAUCAGCUUCAGAUGGAUCUCUCUGGAUUGAACCUUGCACCCCCAAAAUCGGCAACACUGGCACCACCACCAGCAAUGGCAAGAACAGUUUCCGCCUCGAGUUCAAACUCGUCAUUAGCGCCUCCUGCGAUGGCUAGAACGGGGUCGUCCUCAAGUACCGGACGAAGCUCCCCGAAGCUCAAGCGCAUCAACGUGGCUGAGGAGUACAAGAAGCGCAAUGCGGAGAAGGAAUCUUUAAAUUUAGUUGUCGUAGGACAUGUGGAUGCGGGUAAGAGUACUCUAAUGGGGCACGUACUAUAUCUCCUCGGCGAAGUGAAUGAGCGAACAAUGAAAAAGUAUGAGCGUGACGCGGAGAAGAUGAAAAAGUCCUCUUUCGCAUACGCUUGGGUUCUUGAUGAAACUGAAGAGGAGCGGACACGGGGUGUCACCAUUGAUGUAGCAAUUACCAAGUUCCACACACCUCACCGAAAGUUCACUCUACUUGAUGCACCUGGACACAGGGAUUUUAUCCCAAAUAUGAUGUCUGGAGCUGCCCAGGCUGAUGUAGCGAUCCUGGUAGUCGAUGCUACACCCGGUGAAUUUGAAACUGGGUUUGAUUCUGGUGGACAAACAAGAGAGCACGCAGUUUUACUCAGAAGUCUGGGUGUUACGCAACUCAUUGUGGCUGUUAAUAAGCUGGACGUGGUUGAUUGGUCAAAGACCCGCUUUGACGAAAUUUCAGAAAAGCUUUCCCAUUUCCUUUCACAAGUCGGAUUUCGAAAGCAAAAGGUCGCGUUUAUCCCAACCAGUGGAUAUACCGGAGAAAACUUGGUAAAACGGGAGAGCGAUAAAUUGAAUGCUUGGUACAGUGGAUCAACACUGGUGGAACAAAUCGAUGCAUUUGAGGCACCCCAACGGGCUGUAGAUAAACCCUUUCGCCUGUCGAUUGCGGAUUAUUUUAAGGGUGGUAUCGGCGCAGGCGGCGGAGGAGCUGUAUCAGUCAGUGGGAGAAUAGAAGCAGGGGGUAUACAGGUUGGAGAAGUUGUUCUUGUAAUGCCGAUCAACGAGUACGGGACCGUACGAGCGCUAGAAGUGAGCGAAGAAGCGGUCAAAUGGGCUGCUGCGGGCGAUAGCGUCCUCAUGAGUCUAACGGGUGUGGAGAUUGCCCAUAUAAAUGUGGGGAGCAUUCUGUGCGAUCCCUCUGCGCCGGUAGCGGUUACAUCGCACUUUCGAGCACAGAUUGUUACCUUUGAUAUCCAGAUUCCACUCACCAUUGGCGUCCCGGUGGUACUCCAUCACCAAUCCCUUACCGAACAAUCAACCAUUACAAAACUGUCAGCCUUGCUGAACAAAAGUACUGGCGAAACCAUCAAAAAGAAUCCUAGGGCGUUACCGAAAAACGUUACGGCUGUUGUAGAAAUCAAGACAUCGCGGCCGAUUUGUUUGGAGACGUUCAAAGAUAGUAAGGAAUUGGGACGGUUCAUGUUGAGGGCUGGGCCUGUUACUGUUGCGGCGGGAAUAGUUUUGGAGAUAUUAUCGUUCGAAAGAGGACUCCCAGUUGAGCGCACAUAGCGAGUCCUGUAAUACAUGAUAAUGGGUGGAAUGUGCUGCCUUCUUAUGAAUUGCGGCAUGCAUUUUUUUUACAGAGCUGUUCAACAGAAGAUGCCAAAGCAGCACAUGGAUGACAAUAGAUAAACCCUUUGUAUAUUCAAGACAGGCCAAAAAACAAGAGCACCCAUCCCAAAAAACCUAGUGUA